CGCAGCCGCUCCUCUCCGCCGGGCCCCCGCCCGCUCCUCCUCUCCCCUCCCCUCCCGCCUCCUGUAGCUUCGCCCAGAAGAGGGGCUGCUCCGCUCCGCUCCUCCCCGCUCGGCUCCUGCGGGCUCGGCCAGGCGGCCUGCACAGCUUCGGGCCCCCAACUUGGUCGCGCCUUGGCUGGGCUGGGUGGCGGCUCCUUUUCUGCGGCGCUCGCGGGCCAAAGGGGGGCACCGGCGGCUCUCGGAGCAGGAAGAUGGCUGCUGGCUGGCUGCUCGUCUUGAGCCUCACACUUUUCCACUCGCUGGUGGUCAACCUCUCGGCCGAGGGACCCUUCCCGUCGGCUUCCACAUCUCUCAUAUACCACAUCUACUGCUUACGGUGGUUUAGUACCUUCCUGCUGCAGUUGGGAUUCUUCUGUGAAAGAUGGAAACUCAGUUUUAAAAGGAGCUUCUAUCAGAUAUAUUUGAGGAACCCAAGUUUAUAUACUGUAGAAGCCAACAAUGCAGCGCGGCUGGUGGAAGUUGCAGCCCGAGAUAUUGAAAAACUCUUGAGCAACAGAUCGAAAGCCCUAGUGCGCCUUGCAGAAGCAGCGGAGAGAUUUCAGAAAGAGCAUCAGUGGCAGGAUGAAUUUGCGGCUGGUGAUAUUGUCUACUACAAUGCAAAAGAUGAGCUCUAUGAUAAUGGAAAAAAUGAGAGUGAAACUAGCAGUCAGAGAAUCAAACCAGUGUUUGAAGAGGAUCCUAUUUUUGGUCGACAAACUUCCUAUCAGAAUGCAGCAGUCCACAUACCAACGGAUAUAUACGAAGGCUCUACCAUAGUGUUGAAUGAACUGAAUUGGACCGGUGCCCUCGAUGAAGUCUUCAAAAAGAACAGAGAAGAAGAUCAAACUUUGCUGUGGCAAGUUUUUGGCAGUGCAACUGGCCUUGCCAGGUAUUACCCAGCUUCCCCAUGGGUAGACAAAAGUCGAACUGAGAAUAAGAUAGAUCUGUAUGAUGUCCGAAGAAGACCAUGGUACAUCCAAGGAGCUGCAUCUCCCAAAGAUAUGCUAAUUCUAGUGGAUGCGAGUGGCAGCGUCAGUGGGUUGACACUGAAGUUGAUCCGGACAUCUGUCAUUGAGAUGUUAGAAACCUUGUCUGAUGAUGAUUUUGUGAACGUUGUUUCAUUCAAUGAAAAUGCUCAGAAUGUCAGUUGUUUCAACCACCUUGUGCAAGCUAAUGUGAGGAACAAGAAGCAGUUGAAAGAGGCAGUCUAUAAAAUCUCAGCAAAAGGAAUAACCGAUUAUAAGAAAGGCUUUAGCUAUGCCUUUGAACAGCUGCUAAAUCACAGCCACAGUGUCUACAGAGCUAACUGCAACAAGAUUAUUAUGUUAUUUACUGAUGGCGGUGAAGAAAAAGCACAGGAGAUUUUCACCAAAUAUAACAAGGAAAAGAAAGUUCGUGUCUUUACAUUUUCUGUUGGUCAGCACAAUUAUGACAAGGGACCUAUUCAGUGGAUGGCCUGUCAAAAUAAAGGUUAUUAUUAUGAAAUUCCUUCUAUUGGUGCUAUAAGAAUCAACACGCAGGAGUACUUGGAUGUUUUGGGGAGACCAAUGGUUUUAGCUGGGCAACAAGCCAAGCAAGUCCAGUGGACCAAUGUCUAUAUAGAUGCACUGGAACUUGGCCUGGUCAUUUCUGGAACUCUGCCUGUCUUCAAUUUGACAAAAGAUCAAAGUGGAAAUAAGAACCAGUUGAUACUUGGUGUCAUGGGAGUGGAUGUGUCACUUGAAGAAAUUAAGAAGCUGACCCCGCGGUUUACAUUGUGUCCAAAUGGUUAUUACUUUGCAAUUGACCCCAAUGGUUAUGUGCUGCUUCAUCCAAAUCUUCAACCAAAGAACCCAAAAUCUCAGGAGCCGGUGACACUGGAUUUUCUGGAUGCAGAGCUAGAAAAUGAUAUUAAAGUUCAGAUUCGAAAAAAAAUGAUAGAUGGAGAAAGUGGAGAUAGGACCUUUAAAACGCUGAUCAAGUCUCAAGAUGAGCGUUACAUUGACAAAGGAGCCAGAACGUAUACGUGGACCGCUGUGAAUGGGACCGAUUACAGUUUGGCCUUGGUGUUACCACCUUACAGCUUUUACUACAUAAAAGCAACCAUCGACGAGGCACUAAUUCAGGCUAAGUUCCCAAAGGUUACUGAUACCUUGAAGCUAGAUCAUUUUGAUGAGUUUGGCUACACGUUUUUAGCACCAAGAGAUUACUGCACUCCUGUAAAAAUAACUGACAAUAAUACUGAAUUUCUUCUAAAUUUCAAUGAAUUUAUUGAUAGACAUACUCCCAAAAGCCCUUUAUGCAAUGAUAUGGUGAUGAGAGUUUUGCUGGAUGCUGGAUUUACAAGUGAACUUGUUCAGGAACACUGGAGUAAGCAGGACCCAGAAGGAAUUACUGCACGGUUUGUAGUGACUGAUGGAGGGAUCACCAGAGUGUAUCCACGAAGCGCAGGCUAUUAUUGGACAGAAAAUCCCGAAACGUAUGAGGAUAGCUUCUACAAGAGGAGCUUAGAUAAUGAAAACUAUGUCUUCACAGCUCCAUUCUUCAAUAGAAGUAGUGAAGAAGAUGGCAUUAUGGUAAGCAAAGCUGUGAAAAUAACUGUCGGUGGAAAACUUCUGAAGCCUGCAGUUGUUGGAGUAAAAAUCAACGUAAACAACUGGGUGAAAAACUUCACAAGAACCACAACGAAGAAUGAGUGCAAAGGGGAACUGUGCGGAUGUGAAAUGAACAGUAUGCAUGUUGACUGUGUUAUUCUUGAUGAUGGAGGGUUUCUUUUGAUGUCAAAUCGGGAUGAAUAUUUACAGGAGAUUGGAAAAUUCUUUGGCGAGAUUGACCCUGGCCUCAUGCGGAAUCUCAUCAAUAUGUCCUUGUAUGCCUUUAACAAGUCUUAUGACUAUCAGUCAGUGUGUGACCCAGAAGACGAACCUAAGCAAGGUGCUGGUCUCUGCUCUGCAUAUGUGCCUACAAUUGCCGAUAUUUUACAGCUAGGAUGGUGGGCCUCUGCAGCUGCUUGGUCUAUCUUGCAGCAGCUCUUUUUGGGCUUGACAUUUCCACGUUUCCUUGGUGCAGCGGAAGUCGAGGAGGACGAGUACAGUGCCGCUCAAUCAAAACAGAGCUGUAUAACAGUCCAAACUCAGUACUUUUUUGAAAAUGAUGAUAAAUCAUUUAGUGGCAUCCUAGACUGCAUAAACUGUUCUAGACUAUUUCAUGCUGAAAAAAUUUCCAAUACAAACCUAGUAUUUAUAAUCAGUGACAGCAAACAGAUGUGCCCUUACUGUGAUGCAAAACCACUCAUGCAAGCAGAAAAGCCGGAUGACGGACCUAAUCCUUGUGAAAUGGUUCAGCAGCCCAGAUACAGGAAAGGACCUGAUGUCUGCUUUGACAACAAUAUUGAGGAGGAUUCAAGAGACUGUGGUGGGGUCUCUGGACUCAGCCCAUCAUUAUGGUCAAUGGUAGGAAUACAGUUGAUCCUGCUCUGGCUGUUAUCUGGCAGCAGACAUUGCCAGUUAUGACCCUGUUUAAACCAAAACCUGCAUAACAAAUCAAGAUCCUGCCAAAAUGUUAACCUCCUCACCCUUUCAUGUGGAAAAGGGGGUCUGUCUGCUGAGACUGCAGAUGACUGGCAAUGCCCAUUACUUGAUACCUUCUUUGGGGAAGACUCUGAAGGCACCCACCGUGACUGCAUGUUGGCGUGUCAGAUCUGUAGACGUGUGUGAAUGCUGCAUCAUCUAGGUCAUCGGAACUGAAUUCUAUGUGUGCUGCUUUAGUGACGAAAUGAAAUUUUUGUGAUUUUGAAGACUUUUUUGUAAAGGGCUCCCCUUUAAUUUUUUUCCCCAUUUAUUUCUGUUUAUUUUAUCUUAGCCUUGAAUCAGUUACACUCUUUAUUCUGUAAAACCAAUACUUUGUAAGGAUUGGGGAAAUCCUGUCAUUUAUUUUACACUCCUUUUUAGAAUACUGGCAUUUUAAUGUCUGUUUUAACGUCAUAUGCAGAAUAGACUUCAGUUUCAUCCAGAAUGGUUUCAUUAAAUGAGAGCACUAGCUAGGCAUCUCCAGAGGUUCCACCAUAACUUACAAUGCCUUAUGAUGAAUUUUUUUUUCUGAUAAAAUUACUCUGAAUGAGUCAUCUGCUAAACUGGGAUAAGUUCAUGCAAUGAGUGCAAAAAUGAAAUGAUAUAAUCCUGAAAGGUUCUUGAGAGCUUUAUACUGCAACAGAGAAGGUGGUUUUCAUCUCAGACUCGGCAUCCGUUCCUCACUGCAUAGUUGUUGACAUCCACAUCAUGAUUCCUGUGAUCAAAAGAGCAGUUACUGCUAGCCAAGUCCUCCAAAAUAUCCAGAUGAAAAGUUUGUGAAUAAAAAUGUCUUUGUGAA